AUGAGCCAAACAGUGCCUUUCAGUAAGCCCCUUGCAGCAUGUGAAGAUGAGCUCUGGCUGGCUGUCAUCCUAGGGGUACUCGACAGUCCCGCAGGCUGUCAGCCGCUCGCCUAUCACCUUUAUGAUCGCACCGGCCCUUCGUGUUGGAUCAGAAACGGCCAUUCUGCCCAAAUCCACGGUCCUCUUUCUUGUUACACUCAACGCGUUCGUUUGGCGCUGGAGGUUGCCAACUCCACAUGUCCUGCUCCAAGGGCUCUUCUAGCGCCUCUUGGUCAAGCCGUAACCUUGUCCAGAUUACAGUGUUGCCGGCCCGAUCUGGUGAUUAAAUCGGCCAACUGUCUAGUUGUCGCGAGAGGCGGCCAGGCUUUGGUAUGGGUCAUGGUGAGAAUCGGAAAACAGGUCGUUGCAACGCGGCAAAAAAGAAGCGGGACACGACGAAAUGAGGCCACCUGGUAA